AUGUUGAUCCCUGAAAAGUGUACCGUCCUGGUGGUGGGUGGUGGUCCAGGAGGAUCGUAUACGGCUGCGGUGCUCGCUCGCGAAGGUAUCGAUACUGUGCUGCUGGAGGCGGACAAGUUCCCUAGGUAUCAUGUUGGCGAAAGCAUGCUGCCUUCGCUCCGCCACUAUCUUAGAUUCGUCGACUUGGAUUCUGCAUUUGACAAACACGGGUUCAACAAAAAGAAUGGCGCGGCCUUCAAAAUGAGUCCAACCAACCGUGAGGGAUUUACAGACUUCCUCGCAGCCGGUGGCCCAGGGAACUAUUCAUGGAACGUGAUCCGUUCCGAGGCAGACGAGAUGAUAUUUCGGCAUGCCGGGGCGAGUGGAGCGAAGACAUUCGAUGGUGUCAAGGUCAAAUCAAUUGACUUUGAUUCCUCGAAUGGUACAACGAAUGGUACCACAAAUGGUACUGCCAACGGCGAUGCCCAUUCCGCUUCACAAAACCCAGGUCGUCCGAUCUCGGCAACUUACACCAAGAAAGCCGAUAACACGAGCGGGGUGAUCAAGUUUGAUUAUAUUGUGGAUGCGAGCGGACGCGUUGGUCUGCUGAAUACCAAAUAUCUGAAGAACCGCCACUAUAAUACAACGCUCAAGAAUGUUGCGAACUGGGCGUACUUCGAAGACGCAGGGCUAUAUGGAGGAGGAACAGCGCGGUCAGGUGCACCAUUCUUUGAGGCACUGCGAGACGAGAGUGGCUGGGCCUGGUUUAUUCCUCUGCACGACGGUACCCAUUCUAUCGGGGUUGUCAUGAACCAGGACAUCGCUACGGAGAGGAAGGCCACGGCGGCGUCCGCCCAGGAAUACUUCGAUACUGCUCUGAAACAAGCCCCGAUGCUUUCGGAGCUUCUCGGGGCAGGCAAGCAAGUGUCCGAACUCAAAGCCGCUUCGGAUUACUCGUACCACUCGAGCUCAUAUGCAUUCCCGUACGCGCGCAUUGUUGGCGAUUCAGGGUGCUUCAUUGACCCUUUCUUUUCUUCCGGUGUCCAUCUCGCAUUAACGGGUGGCCUGUCAGCUGGGACAACGAUCGCUGCCAGCAUCAGAGGUCACUGCGAUGAGGCCGCGGCAGCACAGUGGCAUUCGAAAAAGAUCCGAGAGGGCUACGCGCGGUUCUUGCUCGUCGUGUUGAGCGCAUAUAAGCAGAUGCGGAACCAAAAGGAGGCUGUGUUGAGUGACUUCAAUGAAGACAAUUUCGACCGAGCAUUUAGUUUCUUCAAGCCUAUUAUCCAAGGAACGGCUGAUGCAACCAACAAGCUCACACAAGCCGAGUUCUCGAAGACGAUCGACUUCUUGACAAAGGCUUUCUCCCCAGCUUUCAGAAACAAUCUUGACAAUACAGGCGACGGCCCAGCUCCAGAUGGUGCCGAGGCAGCCAAGCCCCCACCAAUGGACGAUGGAAUAUCUCCAGAGGACCGAGAGGUCCUGCAGGCGCUUCGCACUCAUCACGGUCAGAACACGUUGAAUCUAGACAGUUUCACCACCGAUGUCAUCGACGGACGUGUACCGAAAUUGGAGAAAGGGGAGUUGACGCUGGUCUCUGUCGAGGCCUAG